AUGACUCAAAGCUUUGGAACCAAUGGAGUCCGACCUGAACCACGCUAUCUUCCCAUCUGUCACGCUCAUGCUGCUUGCUCUCUAGCUCGAGCGGGAUCCGUCUCAAACCAUGACGUGCAUCUGCUUGCCUCCCACCGUCCAGGGCUGGUCAGAUUGGGGGUGAACAAAGUGCCCUGCCAGACCCUACCCUUUAGUGCAGCCACCUGGCCUGAGAAUAACUUCAAGGCUCUCUCUUCUCUGUGCCAAGGUGACCAGUCAUCUGCUCAAAACCGGCUACCAACUUCACCUGACUUUCCACAGACCACAGCAAACGAGGCAUGGAAGGUGAAAAUAGCGCCCGGCACGGCUAGAACGGGCGAAGGCGGGUCCGUGGGGAUAAAGAUGGGUCAUUCAGAUACCUGA